ACAAAUUCAGUCAUUCGCCGCUCGUGUUGCGGUGCGGUUCGAUCGAGUCGUGCGUCGUGCGCCGUCUCGUAGAGAAUCAGCUGAGCUUGAAGGAUAUACCGACACCGACCCGUUUAUUUUUAUUUAUCUCAAUAAUAUCGCAAUCCCAACGUGUUGGUGCGUACAAAUCGCACGCGUUCGAAGUGUGUGCAAAGUUGGAGAUCUGACAUCAACGCAUCGCAAAUGAAUUACUGCAAACGGCGACAAUGGCAGAGGAAAAUAGAAAGUCUUUGCCGGCGCUGAUUAUCGAAUUGCUAAUUAUUAUUGCAGGUGGCCUAGUCGUUUUGUCAUUUUUCCUGUGGGGCAAAGCAUUCCACAGAGGAUUUUAUUGCGAUGACGAAAGUCUGCGACAUCCCUACCAUGAUUCCACGGUGCCCAGCUACUAUCUGUAUAUAUUUGGCUUCGGCGGCAAUCUGAUAGCGAUCAUUAUUAGUGAAUUUAAGGGAGAUCGAAAAGCCAGGGUGACUGUCGCAGGAUUCUCAAUACCAAAAUGGAUAUUCGAGAGCUAUCGGGAAUUCAUCUUCUUUUGUUUUGGCGCAGCUUGUUCACAAUGCAUCACAGAUUCACUAAAGUACACUGUCGGCAGGCUUCGACCGCAUUUCUACACACUCUGCCUGCCAAUAUUCCAGGGUACUACUUGUGAGAGUAACAUCUCAUCUUUGCAUCGAUAUAUUACAGACUACCAAUGUUCAAAUCCUGAUAUAUCACAACGCCAACUAAAAGAAAUGAGAUUAUCCUUUCCAUCAGGCCAUUCAUCAUUUGCCAUGUACACAAUGUUGUAUUUUGCACUUUUUGUUGGUGCCCGAUUCAAAUGCAGAACUUGGAGCAUAAUUAAACAUUCCAUUCAAUACAUCGCUGUAUUAGGGGCGUUAUGGGUGGGAAUGACCAGAGUGUCUGAUUACAAGCACCAUUGGAGCGAUGUCUUGGCCGGAUUAGCAAUCGGCGUGGUAUCAGCAGUCAUAAACGGCGUAUAUGUUGCGAAACUCUUGCACACCGAUAAAAGUCAUAGUGGAAAACAAGAGCCUAAUCAAAAUGGCGGGACUAACUCGGUUUAAGAACUCAAUCGCUCACUUUUAAGUAUGGCACUGAUUUUGUUACUUAAGUUGGCUUUAAUAUUUAAAUAUUUCGAGAUUAUUAGUUAGUACAAUAUGAAAUUGUCGAAUCUUGUCAUAUGUGCAGCAAAAUCUAGGAGGAUUUGUAAAGGAUUUGGAUUAUUUAUUACCUUUGUACAUAUGUUAAAUAUUUAAGUAAAAUUUAAUUGCGCGACGAAUACAAUGGGCCUAAAUAAGAAAUUACAUAUUUUAGUAUUAAACUUGAAGCAAUAAGUUGACUACAAUGUAUUUAAUACACAUGUUAUAUGUUAUAUAUUUAUAUUUUGAGUUAUUUAUAUUAAAAUUAUGGGACUUAUGUUUAUGCAGAAUAAAUAUAGAUUUAAGAAUUCAUAAACUAAAACUAUACACAAAUUCGAUGAUCAUGUCUAACAAGGUAAAACUUAUCUAAUAUAUGUCGCUUGGAGGAGGACUUAUUUAUGCUCUAAAUGUGAUUCCUUGAUACAGGUUAUUUAAACUGAUAAUUGUAGCGUAUAAUUGUGCAUAAAAUACUACAGAGUCAAUCAAGCUUUUUAUGAGAUUAUCUAUAUAACUAUCUGAAGUAGACUUAAAUUUGUGUACAUGAGUUACAUUCUUAAGUGGGUAGAACAUUUACUUAGCACAUACAAACGCUGCUAAAUGAGUUUGCUUUUCCAAUUUUUAGAUGAAAAAAUAGAAUUAUGGGAUAUAGUCGAUAAACAUUCAACGAAAAGCUUUAAAGGAGUUGGUUUUCGACAUUUACUUGCUUUAAAUGCCAAAUAGGUACUAGAAUGUAAUAAAUUCGAUAUCAGUAUUUAUUUUGUUGUACCUUAAUUUUUAUAUACAUAUAAAUGACUGUACUGACAAAGGUGUGGGAACAUUUAACAAUAUUUGAUGUAUUUGAAACAUUUUAAACUUAUUCCACAAUAUUUAUAAAACAUAAGCUAAUAUUUAGAUAAUCAAGAGACUUGAGAAGCGGUGGAGUUGACGACCUAAUAAUUUACAAUCUCAAUAAACUAAAGAAGUAAUAUUUAAGUGAGAAUAAGUUUGCAAUAAGUAUUGAAGCGGAUUUAGUUAACUAUAACUGUUGCACAACAAUAAUAAGUGACUAUAUGUUCGAAUAAAUUCUGUAUUAAUGUGAAA